GCUUAUGCUGAGCGCUCUUCCGCGCGCACGCGUGCGGCGGCGGCGCCUGGUCUGAUUGUAGUCGGGAGCGCGGCUGCGUAGUUAGCUUGAAUUUCGGCAUGGCAGUGCCCACUGCAGCUAUGGGACCCUCGGCGCUAGGCCAGAGCGGGCCGGGCUCGAUGGCACCCUGGUGCUCAGUGAGCAGCGGUCCCUCACGCUACGUGGUUGGAAUGCAGGAGCUCUUCCGGGGCCACAGUAAGACGCGCGAGUUCCCGGCGCACAGUGCCAAGGUGCACUCGGUGGCCUGGAGCUGCGACGGUCGUCGCUUAGCUUCGGGAUCCUUUGACAAGACGGCCAGUGUCUUCUUGCUGGAGAAAGACCGGUUGGUCAAAGAAAACAAUUAUCGGGGACAUGGGGAUAGUGUGGACCAGCUUUGUUGGCAUCCAAGUAAUCCUGAUCUCUUCGUCACGGCAUCGGGAGAUAAAACCAUUCGCAUCUGGGAUGUGAGGACUACAAAAUGUAUUGCCACUGUGAAUACUAAAGGGGAGAACAUUAAUAUUUGCUGGAGUCCUGAUGGGCAGACCAUUGCUGUAGGCAACAAGGAUGAUGUGGUGACCUUUAUUGAUGCCAAGACACAUCGUUCCAAAGCGGAGGAACAAUUCAAAUUUGAGGUCAAUGAAAUUUCCUGGAACAAUGACAACAAUAUGUUCUUCUUGACAAAUGGCAAUGGUUGUAUCAACAUUCUCAGCUACCCAGAACUGAAGCCCGUGCAGUCCAUCAAUGCUCAUCCUUCUAACUGCAUCUGUAUCAAGUUUGACCCCAUGGGGAAGUACUUUGCUACCGGAAGUGCAGAUGCUUUGGUCAGUCUCUGGGAUGUGGAUGAGUUAGUGUGUGUGCGGUGCUUUUCCAGGCUGGAUUGGCCUGUGAGGACCCUCAGUUUUAGCCAUGAUGGGAAAAUGCUGGCAUCCGCUUCCGAGGAUCAUUUUAUUGAUAUAGCUGAAGUAGAGACAGGAGACAAGCUAUGGGAGGUGCAGUGUGAGUCCCCAACCUUCACCGUGGCAUGGCACCCCAAAAGGCCUCUGCUGGCAUUUGCCUGUGACGACAAAGAUGGGAAAUACGACAGCAGCCGGGAAGCUGGAACCGUGAAGCUGUUUGGGCUCCCUAAUGAUCCCUGAGUGGGAGGCCUGGCAGAGACCUUACUUGGUGUAGCUUCUCUGUUCUCUUGGACUUGGGCGCACCCUAAGUAUUUGUAAAUUGGUAUAAAGACCUUUUAUUAGGCUGCCCUUCCAGUUCCAUUCCUAUUUCUUGUGUUUCUGUUUUUCCUCCCCCAGCAGUUAGCAAGUAUGCGUGCGGUAGGAUGUGCAGUGGCGCUGGAUAGCUUGUCCUUUGGGGACUCCCGUCCUCCGAUGUAGAUCUAUGAGAGCUUUGUUGUGCUUGAUGCUACUUCAGCCAUUUUUAGUUUGUAGGAGGGUGGGAUGGGAAUGGGUUUUUGAUAAUUAAAAAACAUAAUUUUCAGAACUGAGUAUUUAAUGAAACUGACUUAUUAUGAGACUUACAAGAUUUUUUAAAUUGUGGAUUAUUAAUAUGUUUUUAUGGGAGAUACUGCAGUUUUAUGUAUUUUUUUGUUUUGUUUUAAAUCUGAGAAAGUUUAAAUGCAAUCGUUUUGUUUAACAUCCUAAUAAAAGAACUCUAAAAUGUA